GCUCCGCCGCCGCCGCCGCUCUACUAUGAGCCGCCGCCGCUGCCACUCCCCUCUCAGCCUGUCACUCGGGACGCCGAGACAAGCCGGAGAGGCGGGAUAGGAGGAUCGGCGCCUCUUCUUCAUGCACCUGGCCGGGGAUCCCCCAGCGGGGACCGAGAGGCGGCGGCAAAGGCGGCGAGGGAGCGGGGCUGGCGGGGAUCGGCUGCUACCGCUAGGAGCCAAAAAGAUGCCCGCGGUAGCAGCACCUGCGGUUCGGGUUGGCUCCAUCGGUCCUCCGGCCGUCGCCCUGCGGGGGCCUGUGACGAGGGAGCCUGGCUGCCGUCCUUAGCGGCGCCCAGAUCGAGGGUUCGCGCCCACACGGGACUGCAUGCCUGCUCGGCGCCCCGCGCUCCUGCCAUGGGGAGUCCCUUCUGGCCCCUCGUGUUGCUGGGCUGCUCUGCAGGAUUGAGUAGUAUUCUUGGAACUGGGUCUCGUUGUGAGAAGGCAUGCAAUCCUCAAAUGGGAAACCUAGGUCAUGGACGUAAAUUGUGGACAGAUACAACAUGUGGAUACAACUCCACAGAAUUAUACUGUUCUUACAGUGAAAAUACAGACCUCCUAUGCAAGCAGCCUAAGUGUAGCAAAUGCAACUCUAUGAAUACACAUCUGGCUCAUCCGGCUUCUGCUAUGGUUGAUUCGUCUUUUAGAUUACCACACACAUGGUGGCAAUCAGCACAAGGAGUAGAGAGGGAGAAGAUCCAGCUCAAUUUGGAAACUGAAUUUUAUUUCACUCAUUUAAUCAUGAUAUUCAAGUCACCAAGACCAGCAGCCAUGGUCCUAGAGCGAUCUCAGGAUUUUGGAAAAACUUGGAAGCCUUAUAAGUAUUUUUCCAUCAACUGCUCAGCAGCCUUUGGGUUGGAUGAUGACGUAACUAAGAAAGAGGCACUUUGCACUUCAAGAUACUCCAGCCAUUUCCCCUGCACUGGAGGAGAGGUUAUAUAUCGAGCUCUGUCACCUCCAAACCCUGCUGAUGACCCUUACAGUCUUAAAAUUCAGGCACAGUUGAAAAUCACGAACCUUCGAGUGCAACUGCUAAAGCGACAAUCCUGCCCAUGUCACAGCAACAAUCUGAAUGCAAACCCACCACAGCUAACUUACUACGCAAUCUAUGAUUUUAUUGUGAAGGGGAGCUGUUUUUGCAACGGCCAUGCAGAUCACUGUGCACCUCUUAAAGGUUUUAGGCCUGUCAAAGCAGCAGGAGUCUUCCAUGUGGUCCAUGGGAGAUGCAUUUGUAAACAUAAUACUGCAGGAAUUCAUUGUCAGCAUUGUGCCCCUCUUUACAAUGACCAACCCUGGCUUGCUGCAAAUGGCCAAACAGGAGCUCCAAAUGUCUGCAAAUCUUGUAAAUGCAAUGGGCACUCUGACACUUGUCACUUUGAUAUGGAUACAUGGCUGGCAUCAGGGAACCAAAGUGGGGGCAUUUGUGACAACUGUCAACAUAAUACUGAAGGACAGCACUGUGAACGUUGCAAGCCAGGCUUUUAUCGAGAUCUUAGAAAGCCUUUUUCUGCUCCUGACACCUGCAAAUUGUGCUCUUGCAACCCCAUUGGAUCAGCCAUGCUUCCUUUUAGCAACAGCACUUUCUGUGACCCCAGCAAUGGUGAUUGUCCCUGCAAACCUGGAGUGUCUGGUUCCCAGUGUGAUCGGUGUAUGGUAGGAUACUGGGGAUUUGGACAUUAUGGCUGUCGACCAUGUGAUUGUGCAGGAAAUUGUGAUUCAAUCAAUGGAGACUGCAUCAACAGCAAUGCAGACAGAAAGUGGUACCAUGAAAUCCCUGCACUUAACAAGAGUGAAGUAGAUUGGGAGUGGGAGGAAGAACAAGGAUACUCUGCUCUUCGGCAUUCCGGAAAGUGUGAAUGUAAAGACCAAGUUUUGCAAAAUUUUAAGAUCUUUUGUGCCAUGAAAUAUACAUAUGUGGUAAAGGCAAAGAUUUUGUCUGCUCAUGAUAAAGGGUCUCAUGCUGAGGUCAAUGUGAUGAUCCAGAAAGUACUGAAAUCUACAAAACUGAAGAUUGUCCAAGGAAAACGGAUUCUUUAUCCAGAAUCAUGGACUAAUCGAGGUUGUACCUGUCCAAUACUUAAUCCUGGAUUGAAAUAUCUUGUGGCUGGAUAUGAAGACGUUCAUACAAGCAGACUGAUAGUCAAUAUGAAAAGCUUUGUUCAUCAGUGGAAAUCAGCUCUGGGAAAAAAGAUUUCCCGUUUUACGUGUAAAACUUCAUGAAAAACCUCUGAGAUUACAUCUGGAAUGUGAGGGAACAGUGCCAAAUGUAGUAUAAAAAGAACUUUAAUUCAUAGCCCAUUCACCUUGACUCAAAACACCUUAUUUCAGAUUGCAGAAAUUGUUGGAGUUCUCUUACACACCCUUUUUUCUAUGCAAUAGGAUGAGAAGUAUGAACUAAACAUAACAAUCCAAAAGUGUGGUAUUAUGGUAUACAUCAACAUCUGCAUUCCUGCAACUCUAGCAUUUUUAUUUUAUCAACAAUUAUCAGUUUGGUGUGGUCAAAGCAUUUUUUGAACAGAAUUUCCUCAGUUUUUUUCUGGACUGAACCAAGAUACAGUGCUUAAAAGUAAAACCCAUUAAUUUGGCAGAAUUUGCCUUGUCAUUACAUCCUUAAAGGUCUCAUAAUCAAUAUAGAUUUAAUAUCAAAUUUAAAUGUUUUAUUUAAGCUAAGGUGACCAGACAUCCCGCUUUUGGCGGGACACCCCCGCUUUUUUAUACA